AUGAGCCACUGCCACCCCAUCAUUGACACCUUCAAGCGAGAGGGUCUGAUCCUCAUGUCGCUAGAAGAAUGCAGGACCACAGGACGGUGUAAAGAUCUUCUUGACAAUAUAGAGAACAUGACGGCAGAAGUGCUUCCAUUGACAAAUGUGACCAGCAUUUUGAAUGUGGUCCUCAAAACGUCAGGCAUGAUUUCGGAGUCAUCAUCAGCUGACAAACUGAUUUCAGAUGGAAACCGUUUUUUAAAAGCCAGUGAGAAACUUGUGUCCAUGCUCGUAAAACCAACAAACAUAAGUGACAAUGUCAGUUUUACUCUUGACACUUUGGAGGUAGAAAUCUUCAUGGUUGGACCACAGGUAACCCUAGAGAAAAUCCCUAGACUUAACACAACAAAAUCUUCUGUGGACAUCGAUCUCAUUGGUAUUGCCAAGAACAACAUUGAAACAACUGCUGUGGCUUUCAUGAGCUACAACACGAUGGAGAAUCUACUGAAGCCAGACUUCUUUAACACACCAGAAGACAUGUUUAAAACCAUGAUGUCCACUGUGAUCUCAGCUACUCUUCCCAAAACCAACUACACUAAACUCACCAAACCAGUCAACUUCACCUUGAGACACAUCAGAGAUUUUGAUCCCAGUGGUUCUCUGUCCUGUGUGUACUGGAAUAUCAGCGAGUGGAUUGUAGAUGGAUGUUCUGUUUUAGAGACCAACAGCAGCUACACUGUGUGUUCAUGUGUUCAUCUGUCCACAUUCGCUCUCAUCAUGCAAACCAGCUGUGCACCAGAGAGUGACCCACUGCUGGAUCUGUUGAAUUUGGUGUGUGUGAUCGUGGGGCUGGUGUUCUUCAGUUUGGCCCUGUUGACCUUUGCCUUUUGUCAGUGGAGCCCUGGAGUGAAUAAUGUGGCUCGAAUCAACAUCUGCAUCAGUCUUCUGCUGGCUCACCUUCUGUUCCUGCUCACACAGCAGUUCCUGAAUCUCAUACAGCGUCAGAAGGUGUUGUGUGCCGUGAUCUCAGGCCUUCUGCACUUCCUCUUUCUCUCCGGCUUUGUGUGGAUGUUCAUUGAAGCUGUGCUGCUCUUCAUCUGUGUGAAGAACCUAUCACAGAUCAGCUCCAUUAAUAGAAAGGUUCUUAGCAGUGGAUUCCUGUGUGUGCUUGGAUAUUUGGUUGCUCUGGCUGUGGUGGCCGUGUCUGUUGUGGUGGAUCCUAAUGGAUAUGGAAGUGAAAAGUGCUGGAUGAAAAUAGAUAAAGGCUUCAUUUCAAGAUUUCUGGGACCUGUUUGCAUGAUACUAAUGUCAAACAUGAUUCUCUUCAUCAAAAUCAUCAUCAGUUUAAACUCAACUCUAAAAAAUCUCAAUGCCGAAGUCUCACAGAUGAAACAAACCAAGGUUAUGGUGUUUAAAACACUUGGGCAGUUUGUGGUUCUUGGUUGCUCCUGGAUUCUGGGUUUCUUCACUAAUUGCAGUAAGGUGUUGGAGAUCCUCUUCCUGAUCUUGAACUCUCAGCAGGGAACCUUCAUCUUCCUGAUCUACUGUGUCCUCAAUAAUAAGGUCAGGCAGCAGUACAGGAAGUUCUUCAGAUAUCUUUGCAGUAUCAAACAACAGGACUACAGCAUAAUGUUCAAGAAGUAAAAAAGUACUGCUAAAGUGUCAAUAAUAUACAGGUUAAUGUAUGUUUCUUUUUAAAUACAAAGCAUAAUUAAUGUU